AAAUCUUUAAUUCUAUAAUAAGGAUUUAAAAAAGAUAUAUUUGUAAAACGAAACAUCGAAUUAAUUGGCGGACAUAUGUUAUACAUUUAUUCAUAAAGAGAAUCAAAUGAAUCUGUUAUCCCCACCAAGUGGUGGCGUGACGGUGUGACCCAGUGUGACCAGUUGAAUAAGCGGCGGCAGCUCCACGAGCAGCAUUUAAUCGUGGAAUGUUAGUUUAUAAGUUUAAUUUCUUUGAGAAGACUGAUUAGUUAGACAAUUCAGCAAGUGUAAAGAACGAUCAAGCAAGCUUGAAAGCACGUGAUAGGAAGUUAUUCGCUGACCGUAAUUUUCACUCGAUGAGUUUCACUUCUAACCUGAAUUAGUCGUCCAGCUAGCUUCUAGCAGUAGCAACGUAUUCGUCUUCGAAGUACACAUUUUCUUCGCUUAAAAACACAUAUUCGAGGAAGGAAAAAUCGUAAAGUAUUGAAAAUUAAAAAGAUACCAGUCAUAUCUUCAUAAAAUUGUCAUCAGCAUCAAUUGCCAAGAAAAUAUAUUACACGAAUGCCAUAAUAUUUGAGGGGCACUGUUUGAUACAGAAUCAGUGAUCGACCGGUAUCCACGUGUGUUUUCAAGUGUAAUAGAAGUAUUUUCUUUUAUCCUUACACUGUUAUGGGUAUACAAUUUUGAGAAUCAUCUUGCGAGAACGGUACGUGAAAGAAAAUUUAUGUAACACUGGAAAAAUAAUUACGAUACACGACGAAAUCGUUUGAUUAACUUUGAACAUCAUGUGGCCAAAAGAUGUUGGUAUCAAAGCAAUGGAAGUGUAUUUUCCUGCUCAGUAUGUUGAGCAAACUGAGCUUGAACGAUUUGAUGGUGUAUCCGAAGGAAAAUAUACUGUUGGUCUAGGUCAAUGUAGAAUGGGAUUUUGCAAUGACCGUGAAGAUAUUAAUUCUUUGUGCUUAACAGUGGUACAUCGAUUAAUGGAUAGGUAUAACAUAAAACCACAAGAUAUAGGGAGAUUAGAAGUUGGAACAGAAACUGUAAUAGACAAAAGUAAAUCAGUGAAAUCUGUUCUUAUGCAACUGUUUGAACCUGAUGAUUGUACGGAUAUAGAAGGUGCUGAUACAACCAAUGCAUGCUAUGGAGGUACUGCUGCUGUAUUGAACGCCGUAUCUUGGGUAGAAAGCAGUGCUUGGGAUGGUAGAUUAGCUUUAGUUGUGGCUGCUGAUAAUGCCGUUUAUUCUACUGGAGCUGCUAGACCAACCGGUGGUGCUGGAGCCAUUGCAAUGAUAAUUGGACCAAAUGCACCUAUAGUAAUUGAUCGUGGAAUAAGAUCAUCGUGCAUGAAACAUGCGUAUGAUUUUUACAAACCAAAUCUAAAAUCAGAAUAUCCGGUUGUAGAUGGACAAUUAUCGAUUGAAUGUUAUCUCAAUGCUUUGGAUAAUUGUUAUCAGACAUAUUGUAAGAAGGUAAAAAAUAAGUUUAACGAAUCUGUAACUUUAAAUAAUUUUCACUCAUUUUUGUUUCAUUCUCCGUACUGUAAAUUAGUACAAAAGUCUUACGCUAGAUUAGCUUUUAACGAUUUCUUAAAUGCAUCCAAAGAAGAAGUACUUAAAAAGUAUCCAGAACUAGAAAAAUUUCACAAUGUUAAACUUGAAAAUAGUUAUUUUGAUAGAGACAUUGAAAAGGCAUUUAUGAAUUUGAGCAAAGCAGAUUUUAACCGAAAAACGCAACCUUCUUUGUUAAUAGCAAGUCAAGUAGGAAAUAUGUACACUCCGUCUGUAUAUUCUGGAUUAGCUUCUUUACUUAUUAGUAAACCUAUAGAAGAAUUAGCAGGUACCAAAAUUGGCAUAUUUUCCUAUGGUUCAGGAUUUUGUUCUACUAUGUAUUCAUUAACGAUAACGAAAUAUUCGAAGGAUGGGUCGGAUUUAAUGAAAAUUAUUACGGCCUUGUCGUACAUUAAUCAUGAAUUAGAGUCUCGCGAAAAAGUUUCCCCAUCAGAUUAUACAAAGAUAUUAGAAUGGCGUGAACAAAAUUGUCACACUGUACCAUUUACUCCUCAAAGUAGCAUUGCUAAUAUGUUUCCUGGAACAUAUUAUCUUGUACAAGUGGAUGAAAAAUAUAGAAGGACCUAUAAGCGGGUAUGAAACUUACGAUAGCUUUAUACGCUUAGUCUUUUUUAUCUAGUUAUUCUGUUUGGUACUAUAACAAAGAAAUAAUUGGGAGUUUUAUUAAUUACCGAAUAAAAAUUUUCAUAAUGCACAAUUAUCUGUGUAAUUUAAAAAUUAACUGCUUAACGAUUAGAACUGAAACAUUUAACACUAAACCAACAUAUUCUUAGUGCCAAUAAUUGAUAUAAAAUUUAAUUAAUAUGCACUAAGCUUAAUGUGUAAAAAGUGUGCCUUAUACAUACAU